CAAGAAAAGGGAACCUGCAUAAAAUCUAGAAUCCAAUCCAAGCAAUCUACGGAAAAAAAUGAGCAACCCCAAGAGCUCAGAUCUUCACUUGUUGAUGUUCCCAUGGUUUGCCGUCGGUCACAUGACGCCGUUCCUCCAUCUCGCCAACAGCCUUGCAGAGAGAGGCUGCUCCACCACUUUUUUGCUGCCAACCAAAGCUAUACAACAAUUGCAACACUUCAAUCUUUAUCCUCAUCUCAUCACCUUGCAAUCUCUCACCGUCCCUCACGUCGACGGCCUCCCCAUUGGCACCCAGACCGCCUCUGAUAUCCCCCUUGAAUUAAACCAUUUGCUCGCUAUAGCCCUGGAUCGUACCCGUAACCAAGUCGAAAAGGUAAUACAUGAAACCAGACCUAAGUUUGUUAUCUAUGAUAUGGCUCACUGGGUGCCGGAGAUAACAAAAGCUCUUGGCAUUAAGGCCAUACACUACACCGUAGUUUCAGCAGCCUCCAUAGCAAUAGUACUAGUUCCGGCACGAAAUGUGCCUGAAGAUAGGCCCAUUACUGAGUCUGAAAUGUUAAUGCCACCUACUGGCUAUCCAUCGACAACUACUGUGCUUCGUGCCCAUGAAGUGCGUUCAUUGUUAUUUGUAUCCCAACCUUUUGGUGAAGGAAUAACGUUUUAUGAAAGAAUGUUCAAAGCAAUGAAAGAAAGUGAUGCACUAGCUAUAAGAACUUGCAAUGAAACUGAAGGGAACUUUUGUGAUUACAUUGGAAGUCAAUAUGGAAAGCCAGUGUUUCUAACCGGACCUGUCUUGCCGGGGCCAGCUAAGACACCGUUAGAAGAUCGGUGGUGUAAAUGGCUAAGUGGGUUUGAACAAGGUUCAGUGUUGUUCUGUGCGUUUGGAAGCCAAAUCAUACUGGAAAAGGAUCAAUUUCAAGAGCUGGUUUUAGGGUUCGAGUUAACAGGUCUGCCAUUUUUAGUUGCCCUAAAACCUCCAGCAGGCGCGGCAACAGUGGAAGAAGCGCUGCCGGAGGGGUUCGAAGAGAGGGUUAAAGGGAGAGGAGUCGUCUGGGGUGGCUGGGUACAACAGCUAAUGAUCUUAGAUCACCCAUCGGUAGGGUGCUUUGUGAACCAUUGUGGGUUUGGCUCGAUGUGGGAGUCUUUGCUUAGUGAUUGUCAAGUAGUAUUGGUGCCACACCUAGGUGAUCAAAUCUUGAACGCAAGGUUCAUGGCUGAAGAGUUAAAGGUGGCAGUGGAGGUGGAGAGAGACGAAAGUGGGUGGUUUUCCAAGGAGAACGUGAGCAAAGCCAUUCACUCAGUGAUGGAUAAAGGCAAUGAAUUUGGUUCAAUGCUUAAACAGAAUCACAGGAAGUGGAGGGAGAAGAUGAUAAACAAAGAGUUGAUGAGUGGUUACGUUGAUAAAUUUGUACAAGAUAUGCAACAACUUGUCAAAGUAAUGGUAUGAUUCCAUGCCAUUGGGAGAAAUUUACCAGAUAUAUAUUAUGAAUGAUUAUGGUGAAUUUUAUGUAAUAUAUAAUAAUUUAUUAAUAAUUUAUUUAUGUUAUUUCAAUUUUAUAUUUCAAAAAUGCUAAUGUAAUAUGACGUAUAAUAAAUCAAUUUUUUUUAUAAG